AUGGCCCGCCUCCUUCUCCCCUUCCUCCUGCUCUCGGCCCUCCUGGCCUGCGCCAGCGCCAGCAACGUCGUUGAUCUCACCCCCGAGAACUUCGAUAAGGUGCUCGACGGCAGCAAGCCCGCCUUCGUUGAGUUCUACGCCCCGUGGUGCGGUCACUGCAAGAACCUCAUUCCCGUCUACGAGGUCUUCGCCGAUGCCUUCGCUCAUGCCAAGGACAAGGUCGUGAUCGCCAAGGUUGACGCUGAUGCCCACAGUGCGCUCGGCAGCCGCUUCGACGUGAAGGGUUUCCCCACCCUCAAGUUCUUCCCCAGCGGCAACCCUGAGGAGUCGCAGAAGUACGAGGGCGGCAGGUCCGAGGACGACCUCAUCUCCUUCAUCGAGAAGAACACCGGCGUCAAGGCUAAGAGGGCCCCCGCUCCUCCCAGCUACGUCACCGUGCUUAGCGAGAGCAACUUCAAGAGCGAGAUCGUCGAGAGUGACACUGAUGCCCUCGUCGAGUUCUACGCCCCGUGGUGCGGUCACUGCAAGAAGCUGACUCCCGAGUACGAGAAGGUCGCUGCCGCCUACAAGAACGAGGCCGGCGUCAAGGUCGCUAAAGUCGACUGCGAUGCCAACUCUGCCCUUUGCCAGCAGUAUGGCGUUUCGGGCUACCCCACUCUGAAGUGGUUCCCCAAGGGCGAGAAGGCCAGCCCCGUCGACUAUGAUGGUGGCAGGGACCUCGCUUCCUUCGUCAAGUUCAUCAACGAGAAGGCUGGCACUGAGAGGCUCGCCAACGGUCACCCCGGCCCCAACGCUGGUCGCGUCGCCGAUCUCGACGUCGUGGUCAAGGCCUACGCUGAUGCCGAGGACAAGGCCGCUCUCCUCGAGAAGGCCAAGGAGGUCGCCACCGGUCUUGCUGGUGAUGCCGCCAAGCACGCCAAGAUUUACAUCAGGGCGCUUGAACUCCUGAAGACCAAGCCCGAGUACCUCACGACUGAGACUGAGAGGCUCACCCGCAUGAUCGAGAGCGGCAGCCUCAGCGCCGCCAAGGUCGACGAGUUCGUCGCCAGGCUCAACAUCCUCGCCGCCUUCCACUAA